GUGGGGUGCCGCCCCGAGGCGAUGACGGGCAAGGAGGAGGAGAUCGCGCGGAUAGCCCGCAGGCUGGAAAAGAUGGUGACCAAGAAGAGCGCGGAGGGCGCUGUGGACCUGCUGAAGGAGCUGAAGGGCUUGCCUGUCACCCUGCACCUGCUGCAGGCCACUCGUGUUGGGAUGUCUGUCAACGCCUUGCGGAAGCAGAGCUCGGAUGUGGAGGUCAUCACGCUGGCCAAGUCCCUCAUCAAAUCCUGGAAGAAGCUCCUGGAUGCUUCUGACGGCAAAGCCAGGGAUCGGGGGAGGGGCCCGCCUCUGCCUGCCUCAUCCUCCAGGGAUGCCUCCGAGGCUGUGGAUCCCAGCCGCAGGAGGCCAGAGAUGCCCAGGACACCAUCCACCCCGAGGAUCACCACAUUCCCGCCGGUGCCCAUCACCUGUGACGCUGUGCGCACCAAGUGCCGUGAGAUGCUGACCGCUGCCCUGCAGUCGGACAGUGACCACGUGGCCACAGGGACAGACUGCGAGCACCUGUCAGCACAGAUUGAAGAGUGCAUCUUCCUGGAUGUGGGGAGCACAGACAUGAAGUACAAGAACCGUGUGCGCAGCCGCAUCUCCAACCUCAGGGAUGCCAAGAACCCCGAGCUGCGGCGGAAUGUGCUGUGUGGCGCCAUCACGCCCCAGCAGAUCGCCGUGAUGACCUCGGAGGAGAUGGCCAGUGAUGAGCUAAAGGAAAUGCGCAAGGCCAUGACGAAGGAGGCCAUCCGCGAGCACCAGAUGGCCCGCACAGGCGGCACACAGACGGACCUGUUCACCUGCAGCAAGUGCCGGAAGAAGAACUGCACCUACACACAGGUGCAGACCCGCAGCUCUGAUGAGCCUAUGACCACGUUUGUUGUCUGCAAUGAGUGUGGGAACCGCUGGAAGUUCUGUUGAGCCUCCAGGUCAAGGUGCUGCUCCCCUGGCCCUGACUGACCUACCCAUGUCCUCCCGCCAUAUGGCUUCAGCCGACCCCAGAGACUACUCCGCCUGCCCUUCCUCUCAGUAUUAAA